GUACAAGGGUGGCUACACCUGUUUUUUAUAACCCAGUUUCUCUGCUUUCGCUGCUAAGCAUCUUCAUAUUCUUUAUUUCUUUUACGCAGCUGAUGAUUUCUUUUACGCUUCCCGACAUUUUCAUUCUCUAAGUGGAGCUCGGAGCAAUGGUGGUUACUGGGGACAGGUCGGAGAUUGUGUUCUUUGAUUUGGAGACGAUAGUACCGACCCGGCCCGGACAGGGCCACGCGAUAGUGGAGUUCGGGUCCAUACUUGUUUGCCCUAGGAAGCUCGUUGAGCUGGAUAGUUUCUCCACUCUGGUCCGACCAGCUGAUCCUUCUCUCACGUCCAACCUCUCCGUCCGCAGCAAUGGAAUCUGCAAAAGCAACGUCGAGUCUGCGCCUACUUUCGCUGACAUUGCUGACAAGGUCUACGACAUUCUUGAUGGGAGAAUAUGGGCAGGCCACAACAUAAUGAAGUUCGACUGCCCACGGAUUCGUGAGGCUUUUGCUGGGAUAAGUAGGCCUGCUCCUGAACCUAAGGGAACAAUAGACUCACUUUCCCUGUUGACCCAAAGGUUUGGACGAAGAGCUGGAGAUAUGAAGAUGGCAUCUCUUGCUACUUAUUUUGGUCUUGGGCGACAAACACACAGGAGUUUAGAUGAUGUUCGAAUGAAUCUUGAAGUUCUCAAGUACUGUUCGACUGUACUGUUCUUGGAGUCUAGCCUCCCCAACAUUUUCACAGAGAAUAGUUGGAUUUCUCCUAAUACUACCACGAGAAGCCGCAGUAAAUCUUCUCCACAGGGGACAAGCCUCAGUCCAAGCACUCCCUCAACCGACCUUAAAGAAAAUCUGAUACAUUCAGUGAUAAUUAGAGAAGCUGCAGAUCAUGACGUUUCAUCACACACAUCUUCAAGUGGAAAGCUAGAGGUUCAAGAUGUCGUUGCAUCCAGUUCAUCUAUGCCAGACCCUUUUAACAUGGGCCGACUUCUUGAUGAAAUCGAAGGAGAACCACUCCAAUCAAAAGAUGACAAAAGUGAUGAUGAAUGUUGUACUUCUGAUGUGUCAUCCAUGGAAAAUAAAAAUGAGCUUCCCAGGGGUUGCUCUGAGUUCUUGGAAUUGAAUGAAAUUUCUAUACCUUAUCUCUCUGUAACCCUUGUUCCAUUUUAUCGUGGAACUCAAAAAAUAAAAGUACUACAUCAUUAUGCUGAGUUGAAGAUUUGUUGUAAAAAGUUGAAAGUUCGUUUUGGAAUUAGUACAAAAUUUCUUGAUUAUGCUGGUCGACCACAGAUGAACUUUGUGGUGAACGCAACACACGAUCUCUGCCAGAUCCUGGAUGCGAUCAAUAAUCGUGCCCAGAAGCUUUAUGUUGAUUCAGGUAGCAGCUCUGAAUGGAGGCCAAUAGUCUCCAGAAAGCCUGGCUAUGAAAUUUUCCCUACUGUCCGCUUUCAGUUACCUGCCAUAUUAAAUGGAGAUAUUAUCUGCUGGGCCACAGAGAUAUAUCACAAGGAAACGUCAACUGCACAAAAGUUGGCAUGCAACAGAUUUGAUAAUGCAGAAUUGGAUGCCUUGGUGACUCCAGGAUCUCUUGUGGAUAUCUAUUUCUCAUUGGAUGCAUAUGACUAUCUACAAUUUGCUGGUUUCCGCUUAGUUGCAAAGAAGAUUUCUUUGCACCAGAAAAAGAGGUCAUCAGGAGGCUCAAAGGUGUCUAGUUAAACUCUGCAAAAUUCCCAUUUUGCAUCAAGUGUCAUGAAGACAUUUGAUGAUUCUGCACCAAAAGUUUGUGCAAAAUUACCAUUCUGCAUCGAAUCAAACACCUCCUGAUAAUCCUCCAUCCCUUGACUGAUGCGUCAAGUAUCAUGAAGACAUUUAAGAAUGAACUGUCUUCAUGAACUUUGAAUUCAUUAAAAUGAUCCAGGGUUUGUUCCUCGGAGCAGGGGCAGAAAUCUAUAGAACUCUUGUGGUAUUCCUCUGAGUUUGUGCAAUGUCUUAUCUGUUGCUCUCCACGCUUUUAUGUAGUGUAUUUAACACCGUACUCAUCUAGCAUAUCUCUCAUUAUAUUUGUUGCAUUAUAUAUUGUAUUGGCAUCCACUAAUUUUGUCUCGAUGCAAUCUGCGAUCAAAC